CUCCCUGGCGCACGCUGACGACGCCACUGGUUGUUUCUGCUGCGGGAGGGAGCCUCAAGGUGGCUGGCACACCACGGAUUUUCUCCUUAGCUUCUAGAUCCCCCUAGCUGUGCUCCUCGGUGCUUGUCAGUCAUUAAUGAUUAAAUACAACUACCGAAUUGUGACCAAAUUUUGGCUUUUGUCUAAUGGGGUAGAUGAAGAUGCGCAGCACCUGCUAGUGCCACCGUGCACGGCUCCUGCGCUUGUGGAUGAUUCCUGGAGAAGCUAUUAGCGGGUGGGGGGGAACGAGUCGUCAGCCCCAGUGACUUUGCAGGACAAAGCUCUGCCUCAUUCAUGUCCCUUUUCUAAAGGAAGCAUGCUCUGGUGCUGGGAGCCGGACUGCAUUUAUUACUAACCCCACCCAUCCCUGCCUCUUGCAAGAAUCUUGUGAGGCCGAGAUUGUGUUUUUAGAAGCAGAAUGACAGAGAGAAAUUCCCUGGAGGCGAAUGCAGAGUGUGUGCUGUGCACGCCAGUACAGACACACGGGGCUGGGAACUCCCAGGGAGAGAUUAAGUGCGAGAGAAGAGUGCCGAGCAGCCAGAGCUGGAGGAGGGGGGUGGAGGAGGCGAGACGCUUUCUAAGCCUCAAACUGAGGCGUUUGGAUAUUUUUUUUCUUGAAAAAAAAAACCAAAACAAAAAGCCAACCCACCACCACAACCCACCUCAACCAACCUCGGUCUCGACAGUCUUACUGAAGUGCCUUUUGCAUUGCCGGAUCAUUGCACUGCUGGGUUUGAAGGACCCAGACUAACAUGAUGUACCUCUGGGGUAACCAGGAGCCAGCAGCAACUCCUGAUGCAAUGGUGCAGCCAUUCACCACAAUCCCAUUUCCGCCACCCCCACAGAACGGGAUUCCCACAGAGUAUGGGGUGCCACACACUCAGGAUUAUGCAGGCCAGACCAGCGAGCACAAUCUGACGCUCUACGGCAGCACGCAGCCGCAUGGAGAGCAGAGCACGAACACGGCCAGCACGCAGAACGGAUCUCUCUCACAGACAGAAGGAGGUGCACAAACAGACGGGCAGCAAUCACAGACACAGAGCAGUGAGAAUACUGAGAGCAAAUCCACUCCAAAACGACUCCAUGUGUCUAACAUUCCCUUCCGCUUUCGAGAUCCUGACCUUCGGCAGAUGUUUGGGCAAUUUGGAAAAAUCCUUGAUGUAGAGAUAAUCUUUAAUGAGCGUGGCUCGAAGGGAUUCGGGUUCGUAACUUUCGAGAAUAGUGCUGAUGCAGACAGGGCCAGGGAGAAAUUACACGGCACCGUGGUAGAGGGCCGUAAAAUCGAGGUUAACAACGCCACUGCACGAGUGAUGACCAAUAAGAAGAUGGUCACACCUUACGCAAAUGGUUGGAAGUUGAGUCCUGUGGUUGGAGCGGUGUACGGCCCUGAGUUAUAUGCAGCGUCCAGCUUUCAAGCAGAUGUCUCGCUGGGCAAUGAUGCGGCAGUGCCCCUGUCAGGAAGGGGGGGUAUUAACACUUACAUUCCUUUAAUCAUUCCAGGCUUCCCCUAUCCAACUGCAGCCACCACAGCAGCCGCAUUUCGGGGAGCCCAUCUGAGGGGCCGAGGAAGGACAGUGUAUGGGGCAGUCCGGGCAGUACCUCCCACAGCCAUCCCUGCCUACCCAGGUGUGGUUUACCAGGACGGAUUUUAUGGUGCUGACCUCUAUGGUGGAUAUGCAGCCUACAGAUAUGCACAGCCUGCUACUGCAACAGCAGCCACAGCCGCUGCAGCCGCUGCAGCAGCUUACAGCGAUGGUUAUGGCAGGGUGUACACAGCAGAUCCUUACCAUGCCCUUGCCCCUGCCGCUAGCUACGGAGUUGGCGCUGUGGCGAGUUUAUACCGAGGUGGCUACAGCCGAUUUGCCCCCUACUGAAGUGACGUGAGCCCCCUGCAAGUGGGACAGCCCCCCCAGAUCAUGAGGCCUGGCUAUUGCAAUAUUUACUAGUAGAGGAACUCUAUAGCAAGACGAGGAGGGAAAAAAAAAGCAAAACAAAAACAAACAAACAAACAAAAACCAACAACAAAAAAAAAAAGAGAAAA